AUAUAUUGAACGUGUGAAUUCGUGAGAGGAGAAGGAACAAAAACACGUGACACUGUCGUUUUACACUGAUGAAUAAAACGACGUCGUUUACAAGUCUUAAUCAAUCAUCAGAGAUCGGAGAAGAAGAAGACAAAGACAGAAAUCGUUGUACGGAAACGAAGAAAACAACCACCACAAAAUCCAUGGCGGACUCUCGUAUCAAACCUUUAGUCGAUGCAAUUCACGCUACUCCAACUAAGUGCGUCCUCUACCUCGCCGGCGGAGCCUCACAGGCGAUUGGGUAUUUGCUAUCGGUGCCUGGAGCUUCCAAUACAGUUCUCGAAACUGUAGUCCCUUACUCUCGGAUGUCCUUGAUUCAGUUACUUGGGAAGAUUCCAACCCAGUUUUGUAGCCAGAAUACUGCUGAAGAAAUGGCUUUGAUGGCUUAUAAUCGCGCUCUCAAGCUCUCCCCACCAGGUUCUCCAGUUCUUGGUGUGGGUUUUACUGGUGCUUUAGCUAGCAUGCCUCCAAAGCGUGGGGAUCACAGGUUUUACUUGUCAACAAGAACAUCUGACCGGCUUUGUAUAUCGACAGUUACCUUUACUAAGGGUUUGCGAACCAGAGAGCAAGAAGAUCAUCUGUCAAGUCAAAUUUUUCUGAAGGCAAUUGCAAAUGCAUGCAAAGUACCAGGAACAUUUGUCCCAGAUUUAAUAGAAUCUGAUGUAUCUGAUGAACAAGAAAGAGAGUUCAGUGAAGAUCAAGAGCUAGAGCAACUUAUAAAUGGGGAAAUAAGCUUCAAGGUUUAUCCAUUUUCAAAAGAUAACUCAAACGGAGAAAGAAGGAUAAUAUUACCCGGUUCUUUCAAUCCACUGCAUGAAGGUCACCUCAAGCUUUUGGAAGUUGCUACCAGCAUAUGUGGAGGUGGAUAUCCAUGCUUUGAAAUAUCAGCAAUCAAUGCUGACAAACCCCCACUUUCAAUAUCUCAAAUCAAAGAUCGUGUUAAGCAGUUUGAAAAGGCUGGUAAGACGAUAAUCUUAUCUAAUCAACCUUAUUUUUAUAAGAAAGCUGAAAUAUUUCCAGGCAGUGCUUUCGUAAUUGGCGCUGACACAGCAGCCAGGCUUAUUAACCCCAAAUACUAUGAUGGGGACUACAAUAAGAUGUUGAUGAUUCUUAAUGGAUGCAAAGCAACCGGCUGCACUUUUCUUGUGGGUGGUCGUAAUGUAGAUGGCGUUUUCAAGGUGCUUGAUGAUUUAGAUAUUCCAGAAGAGUUGAAAGACAUGUUCAUCACAAUACCCGAAGAGAAAUUUCGUAUCGAUAUAUCUUCCACAGAACUUAGGAAAAAGCUUGGAAAGCAAUAGAGAAGUCCACUGUUUCUCGUUUACAAACAUUUGAUACUGAAUAAAAGGACAAUAAAUUGACUAAGGAAGAAAAUUGAAGCAUAUUUGAAUUGAAUUUUUUUGUUAAUUGUGUGAAGAUUUAGAGAAAGAAAGAACACAGAUGUAUUGGAAUAAAAGAUAUUGAGAGUUAGUUACAGAUCUUAUUCUUUUGCUUGUACAGAGAGCAUGGGUAGGAUUGUCAUUUUCAGGAAUAUAUAUAUAUGUGUGUGUAUAAAAUUGAAAAUUGGAUGAAUCUUUUGUUACUUUGUAUUUGUCUUUGUUAUUCUAUACUCUUUUAGAUGUAGUUUCCUAAAUCAACUUGGCAUAGAGUAUAUGGACCAUGUGUAAUGGUACUUUGUCUUUGUAACUUUUUUAUCAUACUUUUCUUAUGUAAUGGAAUUUUUUAUCAUUA